CAUUAUCCCUCAUAAGAAGUGCUCUUGCUCGUUUGCGGUGUAUUUAUCUGAACUUUGAAUUAACUAUCACCCAUUUUUAAACACGAGCUAUAUCAGAAUAAACACGAAUAAAUAAACACUACUGCAAUAAAGUAAUUUAAAUCGCUUCUGGUCUUACCAUAAAUCUAGUUUGAUUGAGCAUGCCUGAUGAGACGGGACAGAGCGGAAACCUGAGCACGAGCUCUCUCGACCGCGAGGAUCCGACCCUGGCGAGGCAUUUUAAAGGCCACAAAGAUGCAGUGACAUGUUCAGAUUUCAGUCCCACCAACAAGCAGCUGGCUACUGGCUCAGCCGACAAGACCCUCAUGAUAUGGAAUCUCAGCCCCAAAUCCAGAGCGUUCCGGUUUGUCGGACAUCAGGACGUCGUAACCAGCGUGCACUUCUCACCGUCUGGGGAACUGGUGGCGUCUGGAUCAAGGGACAGGACUGUGCGAUUAUGGACGCCCAAUAUAAAAGGAGAGUCCACGCUGUUUAAGGCUCACACGGCCACCGUACGCAGCGUCUGCUUCUCCGCAGACGGGCAGAGACUGCUCACGGCUUCAGACGACAAGUCCGUGAAAGUGUGGAGUGUCCAUCGGCAAAAAUUCAUCUUCUCUCUUAACCAACACACCAACUGGGUGCGCUGUGCCAGGUUUUCUCCAGACGGCCGGUUGGUGGCAUCAUGCGGAGACGACAGGACGGUGCGUCUCUGGGACACGUCCACUCGUCUGUGCAUCAACACUUUCACCGACUAUGGCGGACCAGCAACGUUUGUGGAUUUUAACAGCAGCGGCACGUGCAUCGCGUCCUCCGGAGCAGACAACACUCUGAAGAUCUGGGACAUCCGGACCAACAAACUCCUUCAGCACUACCAAGUCCACAGUGCAGCAAUCAACAGCUUCUCCUUCCACCCGUCUGGGAAUUUCUUAAUCAGCGGCUCCAGUGACGGCACCGUGAAGAUCGUGGACCUGCUGGAGGGACGACUUAUCUACACGCUUCAUGGCCACAAGGGUCCGGUCCUGGCUGUGGCGUUCUCGCGGGAAGGAGAUCACUUCGCAUCUGGUGGAAGUGAUGCUCAGGUCCUUAUGUGGAAGACCAACUUCGAUGCUCUGGACUACAGGGAGAUGUUGAGCAGACACAGGAAGCGAGUAACUCCAGAUCCUCCUCCUCACCUGACUGACAUCCAUCCCCGCUCUCCACAUCUCCACCUCCCCCACAGCGCCAGCGUAGAGAUUAACCCCGCGGUCACUGAUGUCCACUCGGUUUCUCCUCAUGUGGUGGAUGUAGGAGAGGAUCUUUUCUCCUCCGUGGGUGCAGGUCGGCACGCGAGUGGGAUCACAGACUCUAGAGAACGUUUCAGGACCAGUACUGGUUCAGCCUCCUCAUUUACUCGCACACAACACCAAGAGGAACCCAGGGAGGAGGAAAAUCUGAGGCCAGGGGUCUCGGGCUUGCAGGAGGAACGCACUGGAACACCACCGGCAUUGAGAAGUACAUUGGAGCACAUUGUUCAACAGCUGGACAUUCUGACCCAGACCGUGGCUGUACUGGAAGAGCGUCUUACCCUGACAGAGGACAAGCUGAGAGAAUGUCUAGACAACCAGGCUGUUAUUCUGGAGCAGAUGCAGCAGCAGGAUGAGUCACACGGAGACUAGCGGCUCGGCCGAGGGUCCAGCGGUUUGUCGCAUCUUCAGCUCGCGGGGGUCGCCGGCAAUGGUCCGGAGUACAAGAGACUCCUUCUUAAGACUGGAAAAAUUCUUCAGCUUCAAAACACGGAAAGAAAAGGAACGGAAGGAAGAGCAGGAUGGAGGUCGGAGGGCAGAGGGGGGGGGGGUAUUUGAAGGGUCCUGUAGCAGUCUCUCCCAGAAAUUCAUUAAGUCCCUGUGGAUGAGACAGCUGCAGCUAGGAAAACAUCCCGGCCUUGUUUUGACAGCAGUGAGAGGCGGCAUUCUUCAUGACAGCCGCUCCGACGACACGCUGAGAGAGAGAUAGAACUCUCUCUCUCUCUCUCUCUCUCUCUGUCUUUCUUUCUCCUUGUUUGUCAUCAGCUUUGUGUAUUUAACUCCUUUGUACGUUUAUAUUUUCGAGAAAUAAAUGACUUUUGUAAACGA